AUGGCUAGUGAUCCUGUAUCAUGUCUUGGAGAUCAGCUGGUACAACAUCUGGUAAAGAGUAAGUUCGACCACGAAACAGACUUCUUACCAGCGCGAUACAUAGACAAGUUUAUCAAUCAUGCUGCCAUUUGCGGGGAGCUUUUCGACAAUCAAGAUCUUUCCAAGCUCCAGACUAAGGAUCGCGGCUUGGUCGAUUUCAUUGAAAAGCAUGCCAAGAAGGUCUUUGCGAUUGUUCUUUGCGCCCCGGUGAAUGGAAGACCGGCCCAUGUGGCAAUCAAGGAGAUUCUCACGACCAACGCAGACCAAGAGUUGCAGGCCGAAGUUGAAAAAAGCUUCAAGAUUGAAGCAGAAGCUCUUUCUUCAAUAGCCGAUCUUGAUCACAAGCACAUGAUACAAAGAAUCGCUGCUAUAACGAAGGGCGAUAAGCGAUAUUUCAUGUUUCAGUGGGCUGAUGGAGGAAAUUUAAGGGAAUUCUGGAAAUCAAAUCCUCGUCCUCAGCUGAAUGGUCACCUCGUACGAGAAAUGAUUGUACAACUGCAUGGACUCUCCGACGCCUUGGCAGCUUUACAUAACUACAAAAACGAGGGCAAUUUACGACAUGGGGAUCUGAAGCCGGAAAAUAUUCUGCGAUUUCUGGAUCAUACAAUUGUAGGAACUCUCAAAAUUGCUGAUAUGGGGCUUGCAAAACUUCAUACGGACGCUACAGACGUGCGACAGAACGCAACAAGCACGAAGUAUGGUACAACACGAUAUGAGCCACCUGAAAUCUCUACCAAUCGUCUAGACAAAGCUAGAUCACGUCUUUACGAUGUUUGGUCUCUCGGUUGCAUCAUUUUGGAGUGCAUCAUAUGGCUGCUUUAUGGAUACGACACCCUGUGCGAAUUUAACAACAGCAUUGUUGACACCGUUACCCCAGGAGGUACAGGAUGCUUUUACCAAACCCGACUCGAACAGAAUCAAAUAGUGGCUGAGGUUCACCCUACUGUAAUCAAAUGGAUGGAUAAGAUCGCGGAGGACGUUGAAUGUACUCAGAAGACGGCCAUCCGGGAUCUUCUCCACCUGGUCAGGCAUCGACUUUUGGUUGUUGCGAUCCAACCAAACGGCGAAUCCUUCGGGAAAUCUUCGUCUCCGGGCAAGAUGAAAGGACCCUCUAUUACUGUUGUGGGUGAGAAUGAACCAACCACAGGCCCAUUCAGAGCGAAAGCAACUGCCUUGUGCUCUGACUUGCAGGCGAUGCUUGAUUCGGGCAAGUAUAACGAGAAAUAUUUCUUGCAUCACAAAGAUCGGGGAGGUCAGCGAGGCAUCUCAUCACCACUUUCCACCAAAGACAAGAACGCUUCUUUGGUAGUACCAAUAUCUGACAAGCAAAAACCAAACCCAAGUCGACAACAUGAGUCUUCAACAAGCAACAAGGACUGA